AUGGCAAAACUCGUCGUAAUUACGGGCAUCACUGGUGUCCAGGGAAGCUCAGUCGCCGACACUUUUCUUCAAACCCCGGGUUACACAAUUCGCGGCGUCACCCGCAACCCCGAAUCCGCCGCCGCCAAAGCAUGGGCAGCCAAGGGAGUUGAAAUAGUCCAGGGCGAACUCGACGACGUCAAGUCCCUCGAGCGAGCCUUCAAGGGAGCCAGCGUCAUCUUUGGCGUUACUGAUUUCUGGACCAUCUGGAAGGAUCCUCGCACCGCAGAACAAAAAGCGCCGGGUCAAGAACUUGUUGCUUACUGUUACGAGGUUGAGCUGCGACACGGGAAAAACCUUGCUGAUGCUGCUGCUUCGACGGCGGCUACGCUAGACAGAUACAUCUUCAGCUCUAUGGCUCAUGCGACAAAGUCGAGCGGCGGCAAGUACACAAAGCUGUAUCAUAUGGACUCCAAAGCCGAAGCUGUGACGUAUGCACAGGGUCUUCCUGCGCUGCAAGGGAAAUUUUCUCAAAUUCAAGCUCCAAUCUACUUUCAAGUUGGGACAGAGUGGGGUCUGCCUAUUGCUCCAAAGAAGCAACCUGAUGGUACUUAUCGAAUGACUGCUCCCGGUCCCGGACACAAGCCCAUCCCCUUUGGAAACGUGCGAACCGAUCUUGGCCCCUGCGUCAAAGUCCUUGUCGAAGAAGCGCCCCCCAACACAAAUCUUUUUGCUGUAGGCGAUUACAUUUCUUGGACAGACUAUCUACGUAUUAUCUGUGAGACUCAAGGUUUAAAAUAUGGAGGCUUUGACGAGCUUUCAUACGACCAGAUUAAUGAGCUUAUCCCCGGUGGACUGGGCCAUGAGUUUGGAUUGAAUGUAUUGUUUGCAUUUGAGUUUGGAUAUGAAGGGAAUGAACCAGGAAUCGUUGGGCCUGGAAAGUAUGGAAUUAGAAUGACAUCUUUCAGAGAAUACUGCGAGAAGAACGAUUUCUCUGCCAUGUUGGGCAAAUAA